AUGCUCCGUGCCACCGGCGCUUUUAGCCACCCCCACUCCCCUCUCCCUCUCCCCCUCCCCUCAAGGCCCCGACGCUCCCCCAGUGCCAAUGGCCUCCCCCCUCCGGCACAGACUCUCACGGACACCCACACACACACGCACAGAGCCAAACAAGCACCAGCAGGAGACAGAAGAAAAGGAGGAGGAGGUAGCGACGCAGACACUCACUCGGCACAGACAGACAGACAGAGGCGAGGCGAGGUGAGCCUUUUUGACCCUUCGGGGCCCUCGGGCUUGAUUUAUUACCAUUACCUGGGGCCGUCGUCGUGCGCUGCCCGGGUAUUAAAACGAUCCUCUCCCCUCGCCCCUCUUGGAUCGCCCGACUCGUGGAACGAAGAGAAGCCUCGUCUGGUGUUUUUCCUCUCCGCUCGCGCGCUGCCAAGUAAGGUCCAGGCCUACUCGCUCGUCUGCUUGGGCCUCGAUGCCAUCGCCUCGAGAUUAGUUUUGGUUCGGUGCGCCAUGCGUGAAUAUUCCUCCUCCAUGGCUAUGUCGCAGAUCUGCCCGUGUUGCCUCUUUGCCGCUGUAAUUUUCUUCGUCGUCUGCCCUUUCGAAGAUGUUCAUGCGAAAUCCAGUUUUGAAUCCGGCGCUCGGUUUGAAGUCGGACAGCGGGCAUUCCGGUUCGAAUUAACUAUCGUAUGGGGACAACGGUAGGCCGCCUUAGGCUUCGAGAGCCCCGUUAGCGUUGUCUUUGACCUCCUUGGACACGUUACAUGAAGUCAUCCCUAUUUGCUCGUUCCGGAAAGGAAAAGACGCGCGGGUAAUGUGAUGGACUCAUGAAAAACUUCGAUUUCUUCAUAGUCCGCUUUUACCGUCGAGGGAAGAAUCAUCCAGCAUUACGGAGGUGUGAUCCAAAGAUUCUCCUUAAACUCUAGCAGAGUAUGUGUCGUAGAAUUACCUCUCAUAAGGUAUGGUGGUGUGAGGAUAUGUUGAUGAAAUCGGGAUGCAAUGUGCCCAAGGGUUCAAUGCUUUUCCGGAAAGUAUUUAUUUGUUUGUUACCGAUGAACCGAGAGUCAAAGGCGGUCGGUCAUUUUUGCUUUUUUUUUGGACUUUCGUGGGGCA